UUGGGUAGUACAGUACAGGGCAAAACCUGCUGAUUAAAAAUGACUGAGCCAUGGAGGUGAGCAUGUGCUCAUGCCUGAUGGAUUGUUUGCCCCUAUACAGGUGGCACAUUGGCCGUUCCAGCGGAAUUGGCAGCACUUGCCAUGGGAGCCAUCACAUUUCUUUCUUGAGGUUGGUGCCAACAACCACGAGUUGGAGAGAGAGCAGCUUGAACCUUUGCUGCAGGAUGGGCCGAACGGUUUCCUGGUAAGUUUUGAGCCAUUGCUUGACAAAUACAGCUAUCUAAUAUCUUUCUCCAGCGGUGGAGGUGCUGAAAAUAAUGCAGCUGUAAACUUGGGCCUGCAGCAUCGCAGGGGUUUGGCCCUUCCGUAUGCAAUUGGUGACAAGUGCGGGGCCGAGAGCACCGCUGUGUUCCAUGUGACAUCCCUGGAUGGCUGCAGCAGCUUGCGGGCUCCCACUCCUGACUUCGAGAAGGAGAACCAAAGGGCUGGAAUCUCCGGGAUGUCCUGGCCUAGAUGGGUGGUGGAACGAUGUUCCAAUCUCCAAGAGGAACGGGUUGUUCCCUGUGCGUCCUUGGCGACUGUAAUUGGGCAAUGGCUUGCCGGUCGUCAUAUUGCUCGAAUGAAGAUUGACGCCCAGGGAAGCGACUUGGAUGUUCUUAAGUCAGCAGGACCAUACUUGGACCGCGUGCUGUAUGUCACUAUGGAGGUGCAUAGCAAGUUGGCUGCUCCAAUUUAUCAUGGACAGGCGUCGUGUGAAGAAGUCCUUCUGACGAUGAAACAACUGGGCUUCGUGUUGGCAGAUAGUAGGCGGAUCAGAUCAGCUUGCAACAUGACUAUGCCAGAAAGUGACUUGGACUUUGUGCGGCGUGAGGUGUCACCUGCGUGGCGUUCUUUCUACAAAGACUAUUCCUAUUGUCAAAUUCUCUCAGCUGCAGGGUCCUGCGGUGGUCCUCUCUGCCUCGCACCUCAAAUUCGUGCGCAGGUGAAUCGUACGGGAGCUUGUGAGGGAUUCGUCCAAGAUGUGUUGACCUUUGAGGCCGAUGCAUUGGGUAUGGUUCAUGUUUGGUUAUCUCCAGAUUGCUUGGGGAACCUUGAGAUCCGCAUGGUGAACCGGCGUGUCAUGUUCUUCGUUCACCAGGGCCUCAUCAAGCGCAAGGCGUGCUUGGCGCAGUCCAGCUUUAUUCCAUCCUCGCACGGCCCCAUGGUGCGGCUACAGGUUGGAAGGCAUGGGACAACUGCAGGUCCAUUCAAAAGCAAGCUGGUGAUUUUGGGUGGUCUCUUCACCGCUGCUGAUGAGAGUCAGUCUUUGAACACCUACCUUGAUGCCAGUGGCAGGUUUGAUCCAGAGAUAUACUGGCCUCAACCUUGUCAUGUUUUAGUGAAUUCGAAGCAUUGGCGCCGGCUGUCAGCAACGCACUUGCAAACGAGUAAGUCCACAGACUUUUGCAUUUUGGAAUCAGGUCCUCAUGCCUAGGGCUCAAAGCCGGGGCUUUCCUUUUGACAGCAAGCACGCCAAUAGCUCCUUCAACUUUACAGGUUUCACUUGGAAAAGAUAACAGUGGUUUGGA